CUUUAUGACAUUUUGUUCCGUUACGUGCAAGAUGUUUACUCAAUUUGACUGUGCAAAAUUCACCAUGGCGCCCGGAAAAUUAGAGUAUGAAAGUGCGAUGAAAUCGCUAUCGGAAGCACAUUAAUUAUCAGAAUUUCAUAGAGUCCAUAGCGGACUGCCAUGGAUGAUGAAGAACGUCUCGACGGUGAGGAGGAAAUGGAGCUCGAUGAAGCAUCCGAUGGGGAAGAUGAUGAUGAAGAGACUUCAGGGAUUUCCGUCUCACCGGCAAAUUUGGAACAACUUUUAGGUGUUCCAUCUACGCCUGGCAAUGUAGGCACUGAAGAAGUUUUUCAUGACCCUUUACAAUAUCCAAAAUUUCCGUUCCCUGGCGGCAAACCAUUAAAUAUCAGAAGAGGACCGGGAAGGCCACGAAAAGAAAGACCUCCUGGAUCAAUCCGUGGUGGAAAUUCACGAAGAUACUUUAGUAGAGGAUCAACAAGAGGAAAAGGAUCGGGAUAUGCAAGAGGAAUGUUACGACGAACGAAAAGUAAAGAUGAUGAUACCCAUUCUGAGUCGCCAAGUCCCCUUAGACUUACAGAUGAUCCAAGUAUUGAUGGUGAAUUGUCAGGAGCAGAUAAAUCAAUGCCAGCACCAGAGGAACCUCCAGAACAAUGGCCUGGAAAAGUAUGUGCAUUCUGCAAUUUAGGAGAAAGAAGUCAGUUAGGUCAAGGUGAACUAGUUAGACUAAUGUAUCCUGAAGGAUUUACACCUGAGAAAAAAGCCAAUCGUGAUGAAACACCUGAUCUCUUAGAUGUAUCUUCUUUUGGUGAUAAGAGCCCACGCGGUGCAGCAAGCGGUGGUGCAGUUACUUGUCGUAGACAAAAAAGUUUGGCAAAGUUCAGAAAUUCUAGUCUAACAAAUUUUUCAGAACCUAUUGAAGAGUUGACAAUUGUUGGAUUCUCUGAAGAACCAGAAUUAGGGAUUCUGUUUGAGGCGUCUGGGCAUUAUUUUGUUCAUCAAUCUUGUGCUAUUUGGUCAAGUAAUAGCCAAGUAUUAAUCACUGAAAAUAUAAGUCCAGCGAUAGUGCAAGCAUCUUCCCGCCGUUGUGCUUAUUGUUCUCAUUAUGGAGCUGGAAUCCCUUGUAAAGUGGGAUCGUGCAAUCGUUAUUUUCAUUUACCUUGUGCAGCAGCCUCUAGUUGUUUUCAAGAUAUCAAAACAUUGUCUUUAUUUUGUGGUCAACAUCUCGGACAAGUACCACUUUUGUUAAACAGUGAUAUCACAUGUAUGCAGUGUUAUAGUAUGGGGGAUUUAUCUAAUUUAGUGAUGUGUUCAGUCUGUGGAACACACUAUCAUGGUAACUGUAUAAAUUUGACAAUGAUUCCUAGUGUUCGAGCAGGCUGGCAAUGUUUGGCUUGUCGAGUUUGUCAAGUUUGCCGUCAACAAGAAGAAUUGUCAAAAGUGAUGGUGUGUGAGCAGUGUCAUAAAGCAUAUCAUCCUAGUUGUUUACGUCCCGUCGUUACUACUGCUCCAAAACAUACUUGGAAGUGCAAAUGUUGCCGUGCUUGUACAGAUUGUGGUUCACGUACACCAGGUGCAGGGCUUUCAUCACGUUGGCACGCUAAUUACACAGUUUGUGAUUCAUGUUACCAGCAGAGAAAUAAAGGCUUUUCAUGUCCACUUUGUAGAAAAGCAUAUCGUGCAGCAGCUUAUCGUGAAAUGGUACAGUGUAAUUCGUGCAAAAAAUUUGUUCAUGGCACAUGUGAUCCCGAAGCUGAUCCGACAACGUAUCAGCAUCGAAAAGAUACUAAGCCUGAUUAUGAAUACAUUUGUUUAUAUUGUAAAAAUCUUGCAAUAGCAAAACGUAAAGAUAAUGUUGAUGACUAUACUGGAGACUCUAGUUUCAUAGGCUCUCAAGAAAGUUUAUAUGGCGAUGGAGAUUCUUCAGAGUUUGAUUAUCAAGAUGAAACUCUGUAUUCUAUAGGACUCGGUAAGGGAAAACCAUUUUGUGCAUCAAAAAUAGCCAAAAAAAGGUUAGGAUUGCCGGGUAUAAUUGGUCGACCAAAAGGUGUUGGAAAAGUUGGAUAUCAAAAAAGACAAAAAAUGAAUGAAUUUGGCCGAAAGCGUGGGCCAAAAGCUAAAAUGAGAGGAAUAUUUGGUGUACCUGGUGUAGGUUUACAAAGACCUAUGUCUGACUCUUUUUCAAAAGAGGAUGAGCCAGGUGUAGAAAAUAGAUUAGUUUUAUGUUCGGCAAAGGAUAAAUUUGUUUUAACUCAAGAUAUUUGUGUUAUGUGUGGAGCGAUUGGUACUGAUGCCGAAGGUUGUUUAAUAGCUUGUGCCCAAUGUGGACAGUGUUAUCAUCCAUAUUGUGCUAAUGUUAAAGUAACAAAAGUAAUUCUCCAACGAGGAUGGCGUUGUUUAGAUUGUACAGUUUGUGAAGGUUGUGGAGAACGUAAUGAUGAAGGUCGUUUAAUACUAUGCGAUGAUUGCGAUAUAAGUUAUCAUAUUUAUUGCAUGGAUCCACCCCUUGAUUAUGUUCCUCAUGGUACUUGGAAAUGUAAAUGGUGUGCAGUAUGUCAAGUUUGUGGUUCUAAUGAUCCAGGAUUUAAUAGUAGUUGGCAAAAAAAUUAUACCCAGUGUGGACCUUGUGCUUCUCAUACUGCCUGUGCAUCUUGCCAAGAACUUUAUAAUGAAGGGGAUUUGAUAAUUCAAUGUGUACAAUGUGAAAGGUGGCUUCAUUGUGCGUGUGAUCACAUUAAAACUGAAGCAGAAGCAGAAAAAUGUGCGGAAGAAGGUUAUAAUUGUAUUUUAUGUCGUCCUAGAGAUGUUCCACCACCUCAUUUUAUUUCUAGUUUAACAAAACAACAAACACACAAAUAUUCAAAAUCACCACCACCAAGUACACGUAGUCCAGAACUUUAUAAGCCUACUCCACAACAUUAUCUUGUUGAUGGAGUUUAUUUAUCUGAAGCAGGGAUGCAUCAUAUUAAAUCAUUAACUUUUGAACAACAACAAACUCGAAAAAAGCGAAGAAAACUUUUGCCUAUUAUUGAUAAAGAUGCUGAUAUUAUGGCGACUAUUGAGUCAGUUGUAGCAGGAGGAAGUCUAGAUAAUUCAUUAGAAGAAAAUGGUGGUAAAUCAGAUUUGAUGGAUGUUAAAGAUGAACCUGGUGAAGUACUAAAAGAAGGUAUGGUUUGGACACCACGUGGUGAUCAACCGCCCCCUGAGGGAUUCAGUAUUUACACUACAGAAAAUGGAGUUACUGUUUUAAGACGUAAACGACAACGAAAUUUACAAAAAUUAGGAAUUGGUGGGUUUGUUGUUAGAUUGAGAGGAACUAGAAAGGAAAAAGAUGAAGAGGGUGAAUCAGAAAGAGGUAUUGAUGGUGUCUCAUCAAUGUUAAAUGAUGAUAAACCACGAAAAAAAGUACAGAGGAGAAAACCAAAGACAAAACUCUCUGAGUGUUUUCCUCUUUAUAUGCAGGAAGCAUUUUUUGGUAAGGAUCUUAUGGACAUAACUAAGGAUAAAGAUUUGAAAAGUAGUAGUGAUAGUGAUAAUGAAAAAAAUAAUUUCGGUAGUACUACCACCAUUCAGUUAUCUCAAGAAGAGCUGAAAGCUAUUGAACAGGUUAAAACAAAGUCAAAUAAAGAAGAGCAAAAGUUACCAAAUAAUGCACAUGUCAAAAGAGAAGAGAUUAUAGAUGACGAUGCAAGUGAUACUGAAGCUCUGGGGGAUAUUUUACCUAUUUCAUCUGAUUUACUUGAUAAUGAAUUAGUUAAUACAAUUAUGAAUGAACCUGACGAAGAUCUUGCUAAAGCUAGUGAAGUUUUAGAAGAACUUGAUGAUACACCUGGUCAAAGUAGAGAUGAAUUAACAGAUAUUCUCAGUCCACAUUUCAACUUAGAAUCUAUGGUUAGGGAUACUGGUUUACCCAACAUGGAUAGCAAGGAUGUAGAAGAAAUAUUUAAAGGUGUUUUAACUGAUGAAUCACAAGAGUCUCAAGAGUCAUCUGUUUUUCCAGUACAAAGUCAACCAUCUCACACUCCGUCUUCAACAACUUCUUUAGUGUCGCCUUCACCUCAUCCUGGUAUACCUCUUGUAAGACCUCAAGUUCCUGGAGCAAUAUCUACUGUCGGUCAAUCAAACUUGAAUUCACCAAUGAGUUUUCCACCACCAUCUCCGUAUCAUUCAGAAUAUAGCAAUAGUCCACAAUUUAGUCCUGCAUUUUCUGAACCACCCAGUCCAUGGGUAAAUCCUGAUGAAGAUGUUACAGCGAGUACAGCUGGAGCUACAAUUUCAUAUAAUCAACGUAGUAACUUGAAAAUGGAAGCAGAUGAAGCUCUUGGAACUGGGGCAACAAUAUCCUCUGUUCUCUAUGCAAAUAUAAACCAUCCGGAAUGGAAAAUAGAUUAUCCUGCAUGGUCGGAAAGAUGCAAACAAAUUUUGAAAAAAUGGCGGGCACUACCCAACGAAGCAAGAGCACCAUAUUUGACACAAGCGAGGGACAAUAGGGCUGCUAUUCGAAUGAAAAAAACUCAACAGAUAUCCAAGGAUUUACCAAGCACGACCCCAGUCACCACAGCAAGCGCACCUACCAUCAUUACCAAACCUGUCACAACAAUGCCAUCAGCUCAAGUAUCUUCGGUAGUAGCAACAGGAAACGCAGGUCAAAAGCCGAUAGGACUUUCGACAUCGAUGGCUGGUGAUAAAUCUCAACAGAAAAUGACAGGAAGUGUUCCAUCAAGUGUAACCGGGACCGGGAUCAUAGUUGCAGCAGCUGCUUCAUCAACAACUUCAGGAUCGAUUACUCCUGGGGUUGGUAGUCAUCUAGAGGAGGUGUGUGCGGUUUCGGGACCGCUGAAGCAGCUAACAUCAACCUCUCCAAGUCUUUCCCCAACCUCUACCAGUUCAUCCUCUUCUCGCCCUAGUUCCGUGAAUUCAAUAAACUGUGUUAAUAAUCUUGUACACCAAGAACUUAAUGGUGUUGUUGGGUCUAAAUUAACACAGUUGCCAGCCACCACGGCUAUUUGCACAACAUCAACCACCUCUUUCUGCAAUACGGGCAUCGGGGAAGGGCAGCAGCAGUCAUCAGCACCCGAGCAACGUUCUGCAUCUACUUAUAUUACGAUUAGUACCAGUGCUAUCGUAAACAGCCCAAAUGUACUUCCUCAGGCGUCCCUUGCUGCCACCAGUAGCGCUCUCGUGGUGGCCGGCACUGUACGCCAAUUAUCCUCGGUAGAUCAUCAGAUUAGAGUGCUCACCCCAUCUGAAAUUAUGCGCACCCUCCCUUCCCUCAGCCAGGAGCACUACGAUCCGCCACCCACUGCAAUUAUUCACACUGUACCUGUACAGACCCCGGUUAUGGAGCAAGAACGAUUAGUUAAUCGUGACCGGACUAGCAGAGAAGCUGAACAAGAACGUCAAUGGAAACAAUUACAAGCACUAAGGCAACAACAGGCUCAACUACAGCAACAAGUUAUUCACGAACAACGUGUUCAUGCUAUGGUUAGAGCUCAUCGACAAAUAAGUGACGAAAACUCUUCUCAAUUAAAUGUUGAUGCAAAUGCUGGAUUAACAACUCAACUUCAAGUUUCAACAUCACAGGAUACGAGUUCAAUUGGAUCUAUUACAUCGCCAUCCUCAGGAUCUCGAAAUGCAUUUGCUACUCCACCAAUAAAAUCAAUUCGUAGUAAUGCUCCUCAAAGUCCGCGACUAAUAAAUCAACCUUGUACAACAGUUGCACGUCCUAUAAAUGCUGCUGUUCGACAAAAUGUACCAAAUACUUUUGCUCAACCUUUAUCGCCAUUUUCACCACAAGCACCACAAUCGCCACAUGAUGUUCCACAAUCGCCAGCAUCCUCGCAUACUUCUGAACAUUUUCAACGAUUCGACAACUCUGAAAUGACGUCUAGUUUUGCCCAAAAUCCUCCAACACCACGUUCAAUAAUAUCAAAUACAACUACAUAUGAAACUUCACCCAGAAAUGAUACAUUUCCUCAAACACCAGGUACUCCACGUCCUAUUUUUAAUCCUCCUACACCUCGAUCUUCCACCCAUGUUUAUGCUCCAUGUCGUACUCCAGAUCCUUACAACAGUCAACCUCCUACACCUUCAACACCAAUUAACUAUCCAUCGCCCAGACAAGAAUCUCGGCAAGAUAUUCAAUCACCAAUAGAAGUAUUCAAUCAACAACCAGAACUAAAUCUUCAACUUCGAGAUUUACUCCAGAGACAACAAUUCAAUAAAAAAAUUGAAAGUACAUCAGGAUCUUGGACAGACAAUCAAACUAAUAAUGAAACUACUCAACAACAGUUUGACAAUAAUCAUGUUCAAAUUCCUCAACAUACUCAAUCAAUGAAUAAUCCUGUAGAAGGAACAUUUCGACAUCCACUCCCACCUGGAAUUAGACCAAGAAUGCCUAUUCAAUUGAAUGUAUUUAUUCGAAACUCAGCUGGCAUUGUAGAUACCCGAUUACAAGGUGUUGACUCUAGAACGAGAAUGCUUUUGCAAAGACCAACAACUAACACAAUUUCUCAUCAUAUACAAAAUCAGCCUCAACAUCAACAACAAAGAAUGGUUGUUCCCAGGAAUUCUGUAACUGAACAAUAUGACAUGAUUCAACAGUCACAAACUCAGCAACAACAACAACAGUCUUCACAACCACAGCAACAAUCACAACCGCCUCAGCAAGCUCACAGAUUUCCCGAUUCAAAUCAAGGGCAUAAUCAAAAUAUAGGACGAUUAGUGCGAAUUAAUCAAAGCGUAAAUCAAAACGUGAAGAUAAGCAAUGCUCAGUCAAUGCCGAAAUUAUCAAUUUCAACAUCAACUAUCAAUGAAAAUCCAUCGGCAACAGAGUCUUCAGAAAUUCCAGAUAAUGUUACAGCUGAAUUAGAAAAGCUAGAACAAGAAGGUACUCCUAUGGUAGAGGUCGAGGGUGUCAGUGCAAUACUAGGAGAAUUAACUACUGAUGAUGAUGAUGAACUUCUUGCAGCAAUGGGUGGCGAUUUUAAUAUCUUGGAAUAUGCAGAUCCUGAGUUACAUAGUAUUACUGGUGGUGAAAAAACGAAUAUUUUAGAUAUGGAUUUGGAACAAGUAGAUGAAGAAACUAAGGAUGAGAAACAGAAAAAAGAAUCAAAAGAUGAAGACGAACAAAAAUCUAAUGUUUUAACUACUACUCAUCCAAAUGCUAUUGGAGCGUCGAACGCUUCUGCAGUUACAUUAUCUAAUGAAGCUCCUAUAGUAGUCUCUGUAACAUUAGCUUCUCAAUUGCCAUCGAUCACUGCUACUUCUCAAACGUCAGUUUCUCAACAAACACCUGAAACAUUAAUAGCACAGAAUUAUUCACAAGCAGCUGUUGUUCAACAGCAAAUGCAUCAACAGGUUCAACAUGCUGUAGCCUUGGGUAGACCUAUACUCCCAGGAACUAGAUUACUUUCUCCAGAUGGUGCUGUUGGUGUUGUUACUUCAACAAAUAGCGUUACUGUUAGCUAUCCAUCUACAUUUCCAAAUCAAGUAAAACGCAUCCCACCACCACAUAUGCAGUUACAACACCAAAGAUUAGGCAUGCGAUUAACUGGAGUCCAAAGUGUAACAGGAAAAGUUGUAUCUAUAGGUCCAAUGAUAGGACCUCGAAUGCCAUUAGCACCACCGCCGCCACCACCUCCACCCUAUCCAGGACCACCGCCGCCUUAUCCGGGUCCAGUACAGAUGGGGCUGUGUCCAGGUGGGCGGGGUAUGCCGCGACCCUCGGUACAUAUCGGGCAUCAAACGUCUGUUUCGAGUUCUCCAAUGACUCCCAUUGUUCACAUGGGUGCACCAGCAAUUACUCAACACUCUCUACGAAGACCCCUACUUCUCCAGCAGCCAUGUUCACAGGAGCAACCGUUAUUACUGGAGGAUCUGUUAGAACAAGAGAAGCGUGAACAAGAAAAACAACAACAACAAACUCAGCCACAAAUUCAAAAACAACAAACACAGUCUCAACAAUCAAAACAAAAACAAGAACCGGAACAACCACAACCAGAUCAAGAUCAACAAAAAGAGCAAGAACAGGAUCAACGACAACAACAACAACAACAACAACAGCAACAACAACAACAACAACAACAACAACAACAACAACAACAACAACAACAACAACAACAACGGCAUCCACAGCAACAAGUUACUAUUACAACUACUACUUCAGGAACACUUUUGAACGAAAAUGAGUAUGGAUAUGGAAGAUUAUGUGCAGAUGUUCUUGCUUCAAAUGCUCUAGGUUCACCGCCUCAAGGUAUUCCUAAUGCUUCAAGUAUUAAUUCAACAAUUAGACCUACAGCGCGAAUAUCUUCAUUCAAUAUUUCUCCACUUCCGGCUCCACCUGCUCCACCAGAAAUUAUCUCAACAGAACAAGAUCGUCAGACACAAUUACAAUACGAACAAUGGUUAAACCAUCAACAUCAGAUACUUUCGCAGCAACAAAAAUAUUAUGAAACUGAAGUUCAAAAGUUGAGGAAAGUUCGGAAAUCAUUAAAUAGUAAACAGAGACAACUUCGAAAAUCUGGAAAUGAAUUAACUGAAAAUGAUGCAGCAGAACUUCAAAGAAUUUCUAGUGAACAAGCUAUUUUACAAAAACAGUUAGAUGCUAGUAGAAAACAAACACGUCAACAUGGUAUGUUGAUACAAGAAUAUCAUAGCAAACAACAGCAAAGACAAGUUCAAAUGCAAUCAAACGAAUCUUGUUCUUCAUUAAUGUCACCAUCACAACAUUCAUCUCCCAUGCAUAGCCCUGCUGCUCUAGUUUCUCAUAGUCCUGUACCUGGAAAUGUUUCCAACAUGAUUCCACAUUCGCCAGCUACUUCAAUAAUACAACAAAGCCCUAAUUCGUCAGUAUUACAUCAUAGUCCAGGCUCUCAACAAUCUACCAAUAACAUAGGUUCCAUCUCUCCGCAUAGUAUGCAAACUUCUCCAAGAAUUGGUACUCCACAUUCUCAAGGUGAAGAAAGCCCAUUUAGUCCUGGUGCAAUACCUUCUUCAAGUAUUUGUGGGCCAGCAACACCUCGAAUGACAUCUCCCCAGCAUCGGACAGUAAUUAGUGGAAGACCUGCAACGAGUCCCAGUCCAUUUCCUUCAGAAGCUCGUACACCACAACAAUUAAUCGGAGAACAAGGAGUUAGAAUGCAAAAUAUACAUCAGAGAUUUGUACGACCAACAAAUAUUGGUGAUAUUGGUCAACGACCACGUUUACAGAUACAAGGAGGAAUAAUAUAUGGCCAAAGAUCGCCUAUUGGUAGUCCUCAAUCAGCUCAACAACCAAUGAUGACUCAACAACAUCAACAAAUGCUUCAAAGGCAACAAAUGAUUCAACAGCAGCAUGAAGUUAGUGGAAAUAAUUCAGAAAAUCAAAAUUUAAUACAUCAACGUACAAUUCAAAUAGCACAACAAAGGCAUCAAUUAAUGCAACAACAAAGAGUUCAAUUUAUUCAAUUACAGCAACAACAACAACAGCAGCAACAACAACAACAACAACAACAACAACAACAACAACAACAACAACAACAACAACAAUCAGAUCAACAGCAGCAAGAUCAACAACAAAUUAUGCAAAAACCACCUAAUUCCCCAAUGGUCUCUCAGCCUAUUAGCUCACCUAGUUCACAACUUCAACAAAUGCAACAAAAUUAUGGACAACGUUCAAGCUCUCCUAUGCCUCGUAGUCCUAUAAUACAACAAACAUUAAACUCACCUAUGCUUCCUCAACAAUUAAGUCAAAAUUCUCAACCUCCAAGUCCUAUGGGUACUCGAGUUCUUCCUCCUCAAUCACCUUCACCGAUGAUGAGUCAAUACCAGCCGCCAAGUCCACUAACUCGGCCGUCAACAUCUCCGAUGCUCCAGCAUCAAUCUAAUAAUCAUCAUCCACCACCGUCUCAAACGCCUACUUCGAUGCCGAGGAGUCCAAUGAUAACUGGAUCUCCAUUACAAAUACAAAGAAGACAAUCAAGUGGAAAUAGUCCAGCUAUGCCAGAUCGGCCACAGAGUACAGAAAAUCCUGGUACUCCUCGAACUCUUCAUACCUCAUAUGGUCUUAACACUAAUCAAAAUUCAGGACUUAUGGUUGAUCAACAACAACAACAACAACAACAAGAAUCACAAUUAAUACAAGAAAUUCAGCAGUCAGAACAACAACAACUAUCACAAACAAUGUCGCAAGAGCAACCAAAUCAAUGUAAUGAUCAUAAUCAAAAUUUAGGUGGUGGAAAUCCACACAAUCCUACUAAUCCAAUUCCUCUUUUUGCACAAUUUGGAAGAUAUGGUUAUUUUAAACCUGGUUUAAGAGGUGGUUCGCCAAUGUGGUCAACUAAACCAGAAUCAAGCAAAGGAAAUUCAGCUGAACCUCGAAUUUCGACAACAAAUACAUCUAAUAUAAUGCCAACAGAUAAACCAAACACUUCAAACAUUGUUCAUCGAAAACCAGGAAUAUCACAAUCAAAAAUAAACAGCUUAGUAUCUUCUGAUUACAAUGACUUUGAUGAUGAUUCACAUACACCACCUCAAACACCUCCAACAACUAUUGAAUCUAAAAUGAAUGUUCCUGCGAAUAAUGAUUUACCUAUUGACAAAUCAUCAUCUAUUACUUUGUCAUUGGAAAGUCCUGAAAAGUUAGAAACAAUUCCUGACACUACAGAUUAUGAUGAUGACAAAACCAUUGUUAAUGAAGAGGUGACAUUAAGUUCAACUGCACAGAGAGAUAAUGAUGAUAUUACUGUGAUUGAAGGAUUCGCUGAAUCAUCACUAGUUGAUGUCGCACUAGGAGCUCUUGAUUCUGAUAUUCAGGAAGAGUAUGUUCUCUUUGAACCUGAUAUGGUAGUAGAUCUUUCAGUAGAUAGUAAUGACUCUCUUAGUAAUGCCCUUGUUAAUAAUAGCAAUCAAAGUCAUGAUUUAGUUCAAAUACUUGAAAUUGAACAACCUCAUGUUGACGACCCAACACUUAGUGAUGAUGAUCUUCUUUCAAGUCAUAACGAAAAUAAGAAAAGUUUACAUCUAGGAAUAGUACGAUCAUUACAUAGUGGAAAAAGACUUGUAACACCUGAAUCUCCAGAAAGGGAAGAAAUGAAUGUAGAUCCUUCCCCAGACAAUUCACCUUUCAUGGAUCAUUCAUCCGGUCAAGAUCUUAUGGCUCUUGUUGGAGCAUCUGAAGUAGUAAUUAUUGAUCCUAGUACUAAAUCUCCCGAUGAUAAUUUAUCAAAAGAAUCUUGCGGCGAAGAUGAAACAGAUAAAUCUGAAAAUGGAAAUGAUGAUGUUUUAUCUAAAACUUUUUCUUCAUACUCUGUAGAAAUGAGUGAAUCUAGAGGAACAGAAGUUUCGGAAAAAAAGAAUUCUCCAGCAUCAGAAACAUCACAUUCUAUGAUGAAUAUGGACUUAAUAGACGUGGACACUAAAAUAAUUGAAUCUAAUAAUUUAACAGGACGUAAAAAUCUUGUAACAUCUACUGCAACAGAGAAUAAUAUUGCAACACAAGAAAGGGUUACUGAAUCUGAAAGUGAAAAAUCUCUUGUAAUGUCAUCAAAAACAUUACCGUCUUCAAGUGAUACUAAAAAACAACAGACAAUAAUGCCAACUUCAAUGGCGAGCAUUGUAGCAGAUGCAAAAAUUGCAGCAAAACUCAGUCAAACUGUAAUGGGAGUUAAUAUGAAAUUACAAAAAAUUAAUUCAAACGACACCUUUGAGGAAAAUUCAACAUUAAAAAAUGAUUUACCAAACUCUAAAAUUCAGGAACAUGUAUUGGAAAAAAUAGCACUCAAAGACAUGGAGCAACUUUGUAACAUAUCGAACGAUAAUGUAACUCUUCUACCUGUGUCUGUUCAAACAACAGAUUCAUUAGUUAACUUAACAAAACUCGCAAUCACUGUAAAACCAACUUCAGUAACAUUAUUACAACCAAAGGUAUCAGUACCUAAUCUCUCUUCACAACAUUUGGUAUUUGAUGCUAAUGUAAAUAAUAAAAAUGGGUUGGAAAAGCAAACCUGUAAUAGUAAGGAACAUCCAAAUGAAAAAGAAGAAACAAAAUUAGUGGGUGGGAAAAAAAAUGUUAUUCAAUUAAAUAUCAUAUCUGAUAGCUGUGUGGCUCCGAAUGAAGAAGUGAUUAAAGAAAGUCAAUCCAAUAAAGAAAAAGACACUGAUUCAUUGAAUACAACUGAUGAACUUGAAAGUAUGUUAGAAGCAAUUCAUUAUCCAGCUGAAAAUAUAAUCAAUUGUGAAAAAAAGUGUGAUAAUAAAUCAGAUCUUUCAUCUUUUAAACGAAUGUCACCGGUAUCUGAUGAAAUGUCUUUAGUCAAUAUUUUAGAAAAUGAUACUGAACCAGUGGUAAUAAAUGAACGAAAAAAAGCAUUUUCAGUUGAAAACAAAUGUCAACAUGAUCCAUUUGAAACUGAACCAAUAAAACAAUCAUCAGUGGAUUUAAUACCAUCACCAUCUAAAUCAACACUUCGAGGUACCAAAAUGUUUUCUGAAAAUACGAGAAAUGUUAAUGAUGAAUCAUCCGAUGAACUUCUUGAUAUGCUUCAAAAUAUUAUAGAAUCAAAAGAAAUGGCAAAUACACAUAGUCUAGAUGAAGAUAGAAACAGAAAGUCUAGUUUAAUAUAUCACGUACCAGCACCUUUAGACACUUUACCAUUAAAUAUUCUUCAAGAUUCAUUGAUGGAUCUAGAGCAAACGCAUCAAGAAAAGGGACAUGAAAAAAUUGUCACAGAAAAAGAAAAAAUAUUAAAAAGUACAAGAGCAAUUACACCAGUAUCAGAGAGUUCAUCAGUAAAUCAAAUAAAAAGAAGCUCACCAACACAAACAGUAGAUGUUCAAACAGCUCCAUCGGUUACUGUUGCUGUAAGUACUGUAUCUCAUUUACAGAAGAAUACUACAUCAGUUCCACAUUUAUCGCCAUUAUCAAAGCCCACUGAACUGACAUCAAAUGUUGCUAAUGUUUCUCAUCAGCUUCGAACUCUUUUAUCUUCUCUUCAAACCAAUCAUUCUCAAAGCUAUACUACAACACAAACUGCAAUAGUUACUAUGGUUUCAUCAGCAACAUCUGCAAGUCAAAUGGGAAAUAUUAUAACGACAGUCACUUCUUCUACUUCUAAUUCUCUUAAUAGCUCACCAUCAAAUUUAGGUUUCAAAUUUCAAUCUACCGCUGAAACUGCAUCAACCACGCUGAGCAACAUUAAAUCAUCUGUAGAUUCAGGAACAAACGUUACAUUUGCUCUUCAAUUAAAAGAUGCAGCAAACAUCACUUCGUCAUCUGGAAAAACUAUACAACCAGAACAAUUUUCACGAAUAGUUACAAAUGCAGUUCAAACACAAUCUAUGGUGACUUUACCAGUUACACCAAUAACAAGAUCUACAACUAAUUCAGGAAUUUCAAUUACUUCAAACGCAAUGUUGAAUGCAAUGUUAUCUGGAACAACUUCUGCUAAAUCUUCAAUAGCAGGACCUCGAUCAAAUACAAUGUUAACUCAAACAAGUAAUUUAUUGAGCUCAGUUGUACCAUCAGCUUCGAUUCAAAGAACACAAAAUCUUCAAACAAUUAUCCAAGUAAGCUCCACACCUUCAACCAUGGCUUCAAAAAUUGUUGUUAAUGCAGCUUUAAAUACUGUUUCACCAUCUAUACAAUGUGUAAAAACUGUUCCUCCACCUUUAGUAAAUAUGACAACAAACACCAUCAAUGUUACAACAUCGAUUUUGCAAUCAACAUUAUCUCAGACUUCAACUCUUUUACAUUCACAAUUGACAUCAGGUCAAAUGCAAUAUAAAACAUCAGCUCUACCAAUUGAUAAUAAAACAAAAGAAUCAGAAAGUCAUAUAGAUUCUUCAACAAAAGAAGGAGAAGAAGCUAAAGUGGCAACACCAACAGUCAAAGUAGAAGUAGAAGGAUCAAAAACAAUAAAUCAUCGAAUGGAAGAUUCUCAAAACGUUCUUUUAAAACAGCUUUUACAAAAUACUGCAUGUGCGACUACCACAGUAGCUUCUAGCACAUCUCCAACAACCAACUUACCAGCAGUAUCUUCUUUAGAAGUUCAAUUAGCACGUCCAUUACCUCCUACUUCUUCUAAUUUACUUCCACCAUUGCUUAAUAAAACAUCCAUGAUAAAACUGACAACUCCAAAACAAGUGUUGACCAGAGAAACUUCAUUUGUAUCAUUAGCUGCACCCAUCAAUUCGACAAGUCCUCCAUUAAAGGAAGAACCACAAAAAAUUAAAACUUCUAUAUCGCAACCUAUUACGACAAUAUCUCAAUCAACUGUUAACCAAAGAUCUAUUGAUUCGGUAGCUGUUAAAACAACUACUCAAUCUCAUCAGCUUAUUACGUCAAUGAUUCAAUCAAACCAAUCAACUACUAUUUCAACAGUAAAUCAAAUGAUGACUGCAAUAUCAAAAAAUGAAGAACCAACAUUAAUACAUCAAGAUACAGUUUCAACUCAGGCAUCAUUACAAGUCAAGACAUCAACAAAUGAUUCUCAAUCUACUUCUAUUCAAUGCUCUACUCCAGUUUGUGUAACAACCACAACAUCAUCAAUAUUAACAAGAACUGAUUCUACUUUAAAUCAACCUAUCACGACGACGGUAACACCAAAAAUGAGUAUAUCACAAGUAUCUGGUAACAUCCCACCAUCUUCUCAAUCAUCUAUGCCAAUUAUUACGAUGCCAUCUCAGACACCAAUGUCUGAAACUUUAACACAGCUUUCUGUACAAAAAUCUUCUCCGUCUAUUCAAGUGCAACGGCAACAAUCACAACCUAAAUUAACAGUACAACAACAACAAAUAUCAGACACUUCAAUCCAACCUUCAGUGCCUCCAGCGAUGGUCCAUUCUCUUGGUCCUCAUCCGCACCAUCAACAAGGUACAAUUACACAACAUACAGUGCCUUUAGUGGAAGUUAAAAAAGAAAUCCUCGAUGAAGUUUUAUCCGGCAGUAUGCAUACUCAGCUCACUGAUACCAAAGACUUUUUUACUGCCAAAGAAGAAUUCACCGAUGGAUCAAUCGAUGAUAAAACGGAUCUUAAAAAAUUAAAGAGGCGCCAAUAUCAACAAAAACGUCGACAAAGUCAAGGAAAAGAUGUUUCAACACCACCACAAAAAAAACGUUCUAGGAAAGUUUCAAAAUUAGAUGAAGAUUAUGACACUUUUAUUGAUAAUCUUAUGAUUCAAUUACGCCAAUUACCACAAAUGACAAUAUUAGAACCAUUAUUGGGGCGUAAUUUUGGAAUAUGUCCGAUAUAUGGAUCUGGUGAUUUAUCAAAAAUUGGAAGUCAAAAAGAUUAUAAUCCAAGAACUGGAGAUCUCGUUGGUAUUUAUGGUAAUGCAAAAUGUCCUGGAGUAUGCGAUCAUUAUAACACUCGACCUUUUGGUGAUCUUGAGCCGUCUCCACCAGAACAGCCAGUUUCAACUCAGCGAGGUUUUUAUGAUCAAGAAUUUCCGCCAUUAAAACUAGAUGAUUCAAUAGAAAAGAAGGAAAAUUUAUUAACUCGUGAUGUUGAUACCCCUGAUACAAUAAUUAGUUCAUCAUCACCUGAAUGCGUUAUUCCUGAUUUUGUUUAUAAUUUUCCUGGGUUACGACUAAUUGAUGAAGAAUCAGAUGAAGAUUCUGAUUGGUUAAAAAGAGUUUCACCAAUUUUACCACUUGUUUCACCUAUUCCAAUUAGGCUUAAACCAGAAUUUAUAAAAGAUACAAUAAAACAAGACAAAGAAAACAUUGGAGCAAAGCUUGGGAAAUCUCCACCGAUUAUUUUGAAAGAAAACGGAAGUGUUACAGUGACACUUACAUUAAAUAGUCAAGCUGCCGAUGACAUCAUGGGAGUACUUAGAGAUCUAGCUAAUAUACUGAAUAUUUCACCACCAAAUGGAUAUCAAAUAGUUGAGAGAACGACUACACCACCAAGUCAAAAAUUAGGACUUUAUCGAACUAAAGGAAAAGAUGGAAAGGAAGGAGCUCCUAUUGAUAUUCAAAGUAUCCUCAAUGGUGCUGCUAAAUUCUGCCGGCACUGUGAUGUUGUUAUUCUUAACACUUUAAUUCGGAAAAAAGUUUCGGAUUUACCAUUUUUAAGCAAAGAGGAAGCUGAACCUGGUGAUGAAUUAUGUUUUUGUUCUGUUGCAUGUUAUAUGCAGUUUGCAUUAAUGCAUCGAACACCUGCUAAUUAUCAAGGAAAGGCUGGAGCAGUUGUUGAUCACCUUUGUCAAAAAUCUACAGUAAAACCAACACACAAUAUUGCAAAGAAACCAAACCAUGAAAAAAAAGUUGUAGAAAAACAGUCUAUUUUACAACUAGAAAAUCAUAAUGUAGAGUCACUAGAAAUUUGUAAUGAUUUAAAAAUAAAAAUGGAAAAUGAAGAAAUAGAAAAUCAUGACAUCAAAGAGGAGCAUAUUCGAAUAGAUGAAAAACGCCCUAAAAAGCAUCUAUCUGAAGAACUUAUAAAUGAUACUUCUGAUGUAGGACCACCUUCUAAAUUAUGGAAAGGACUGCGAUAUAGAAUUUGGAGUAUUGGAGUAAUGCAACCUUCCACAAAGUACAAAAAACCAUCUGAUAAAGACAUUACUGAUUUACUAUUUCGCAUGGCAGUAACAGUAACUCCGGUGAAAACUGAUGAUAGUCGACGGUGCAUGUUUUGUCAAAUUCAAGGGGACGGAGCUGCUGAUGGGCCUGCUCGUUUAUUAAAUUUCGAUGUUGACAAGUGGGUUCAUUUAAAUUGUGCCCUUUGGUCAGAGAAUGUUUAUGAAACUGUGAAUGGUGCGCUAAUGAAUUUAGAUACAGCUCUGCAAAAUAGUCUUGUUUUAAAUUGUAUUGUUUGUGAAAAACCUGGAGCGACAGUGAAGUGUUUUAAAAUGCGAUGUACAAAUGUUUAUCAUUUAAGUUGUGCAGUAAAAGAUGGUUGUGUUUUCUAUAAAAAUAAGAGUACGUAUUGCUCUCAGCAUGUACAAAAAAAUGAAAAAGAUAGUGAAUUAACAACAUUGGCAGUAUAUCGUCGAGUUUAUGUUAAUAGAGAUGAAAAUAGACAAGUGGCAGCAGUAAUGCAUCAUUCAGAUCAUAAUCAUCUUUUAAGAGUUGGUAGUUUAAUAUUCUUGAAUGUUGGUCAGCUUCUGCCACACCAACUGGCUAAUUUUCACACCCCUAAUUACAUCUAUCCAGUCGGAUACAAAAUUGUACGGUUCUAUUGGAGUAUGAGACGACCUAAUAAACGUUGUCGAUAUGUUUGUUCUAUUCAUGAUGUCUCUGGAAGACCAGAAUUUCGAGUACUUGUUCAAGAACCGUUUCAGGAAGAUAUAGAGCUACGAGAUACCUCACCUAAAGCUGUUUGGAAUCGAAUUCUUGAAUCUCUUGCAGAAAUGAGACGAUCAACACAAAGUGUACAACUAUUUCCACGUUAUGUAUCAGGAGAAGAUCUUUUUGGUUUAACAGAACCAGCAGUCGUACGGGUGCUUGAAAAUCUUCCGGGAGUUGAAACUUUAACAGAUUAUCGUUACAAGUAUGGAAGAAAUCCACUAUUGGAAUUACCUUUAGCAAUAAAUCCAUCUGGAAGUGCAAGAACUGAGCCAAGAUUAAGAAAUCAACUCCCAUGGAAAAAACCUCACACCCAACGAACUGGCUCUUCAGCUCGAGCAUCUUUUGCCCCAACUGCUACCGUAGCUGGGGAAGUUGCUUGCCCUUAUUCUAAACAAUUUGUUCAUUCUAAAAGUUCACAAUAUAAAAAGAUGAAACAAGAUUGGCGCAAUAAUGUAUAUUUGGCCAGAUCUAAAAUUCAAGGUUUGGGGCUUUAUGCUGCGAGAGAUUUGGAGAAACAUCAAAUGGUUAUUGAAUAUAUUGGAGAGAUUAUUAGAACUGAACUAGCCGAAACGAGAGAAAAACAAUAUGAAGCUAGAAAUCGAGGUAUUUACAUGUUUCGUUUGGAUGAAGAAAGAGUAGUAGAUGCAACUUUAUGUGGUGGACUGGCACGAUAUAUCAACCACUCGUGUAAUCCUAAUUGUGUUGCUGAAAUCGUUGAAGUUGAAAGAGAUCUGAGAAUAAUUAUUUUUGCAAAAAGAAGAAUUUCACGCGGAGAAGAGCUGGCAUAUGACUACAAAUUUGACAUAGAGGAUGAUCAGCAUAAAAUAGCUUGCUCAUGUGCAGCACCUAACUGCCGCAAGUGGAUGAAUUGAAGGCAAAUCUGCUGUUAUUGUUGCUAUUUUAUUAAAUACAGACAGAUAUAUAUAUAUAUAUAUAUAUAUAUAUAUAUAUAUAUAUAUAUAUAUAUAUAUAAUUUGUAUAUGAACUAUAUGUAUAUUUAUAAAAUAUAUAUAUAUAUAUAUGUAUAUUAUAUUAUAUUAUAUAUAUUAUAUACACAUACGAAAUUGUAAAGUGCCAUUGCAGUUUGACUAAUUGAUUUACCUAGUAAAGUUGGUGCUAAACCAUCAUAACAUUCCUCCAAAGUUGUAUAAUAUUAGUUUUUACUACAGAGAAAAAAAAAUAUCUGAAAAAAAAUUAAACUACAUGUACAUUGAGCUGUGUGAACACUUUCACAAUGAAUUGAUAUGACUAAUUUUUUUGCUGCAGAAAGACUAAUUAAAAAUAGAAUAUAACUGUUGAAAAUGUAAUAAGUCGUGUAUGUAAACGAAAAAUUUGUAUGUUUGUAUGUGAAAAAUGGAAACCAAAAUUUACAAAAAAAAAAAAUAGGUUUCCGUAUUGUAAUAUAAAAAAACAUUAAUUAUAGCAUAUACUUUGCACUGUGUUUGUACAUAGUUAGAAAUUCAUAUUAUUUUGAAUCACCAGAAAGUUAUGUAUCAUAACAGUACCUAAUGUAGAAUUAUAUACAAUUAUAACUAUUUGAUUAUACCUUAAUAAAUCGAUAACAAAUUUUAUUUUUUAUUUUUUAAUUUGUAACAUGAUUUAUUAAUAGCUGUUAAACUAUAUUUUCAUAAUUCGUUCAAUUACUAUCUAUAUGAUUUUAAUACUAACAAUAAGUUAUUAUAUCUCCAUUAAAAAAAUCUAAUAUUCGAUUUUAUUUAUUACAAAACAUAAAGCCAAAGUGCUAGCGUUUUUAAGACACAAUUACUUAUUUUGUCACUUUUUUAAGCUGUUUCACUGUGUUGAAAAUAUGAUUUACUGUUAGCACUUUAUAGAGACGUACAUAGACUCAAUCAUCAAUCUUUUACAUGGGUCAUAAUUAAAAUAAAAAUAAUAGAAGCAUUUUUUAUUCUUUCUUUUAUUUAUAAAAUCACUCAUUAUUAUUUAUUAAUUAUUGUACGGUAUUCCAAUUUUAUUUAUUCCCUACAUAAUCUAUUAUACAGUAAAUAUAAAUAGAUUAAGCCAACUAGCUUUCUUCCUAUGUAAGACAUUCUGUCAUAUUGGUACGAAAAGUUUCAAUUUUUCCGAAGGAUAAAAAAAAUUUUUUGUAGAAGUUUGAUGAAAAAAAUUGUAAAGGAAUUUUUAAUCAUCUUUUCACAGUAGUAAAUGUUGUAUGACAAUAAAAGAUACUUCUUUUUUCCGUAAGACCGAUUAUUUUUAAGAUAAUUUUCAUUAACGUAUAAAAAAUAGUGUGUAUCCUUUUACACUUUUGUAUUGAGUAUACCCGACAAUCAGUAUGAAAGUACUAGCAAAUAAUUAUUAAUUCCAGAUGAUGGAAUUUUUAUGGUUAACCAUUUUUUCCAAUAAUAUUAAAUAUUUUCUAAACAUUAAUUAAUCAACUACUUAACAAUGCUUAAUGAACAAAGUAAAAUAGGUGUUCUGGUAUGUGCCUACAUUGAACAUACAAUUGCCUUAACUAUUCAAAUAUAACAAUUCCUAGUUUUCACUUUAUUAAAUAUAUAUAUUUUUCAUUAAUAGUUACAAUUCACCUUCAUUUGUUUAUUAUAGUUUCCAAAAACUUAACUAUUAAUUUAUUUAAAAAAUAACCACCUUAUAUACAUUU